UCACUGUAUUGGUCCUGCAGCUGCAUCCAGUUUGCAUUUUUAUUGAUUUCAAUUGUGCACCAAAAAUCCGAAGAAGGCAAAAGCUGCAGACCACAAAAAUAUUUUUUCAUACUUCUAGUUCGCAACAUUCGCCGUGGUCGUAAAUACAAAAAGAAAAAAAGAAUAUACUGCUCUUAAUUAUGUGCCGGUUACUGUGUUAUAAAAAGUGAUCUACUAUUUUUUUGGAUAUGAUUAAUAUAUAAUUGUGUAAAUUCGUAAGAGGUGAAGCGUCAACAAAAUUUACCUAUGCUUUCAUUUACUUGAUCUUAGUCAAUUCUGUUAAUAAAAAUGUCUAAAUACAUAAACAUAUUAUAUCUAUGUGUUCUAAUUCACAAUGCUAAUCUAAUGGAUGUGUCAUAUUACGAAAUAUUGGGGGUAUCUAAACAAGCCGCGACACAAGAGAUAAAGCAAGCAUACAAAAAGUUAGCAAUAAAGUAUCAUCCUGAUAAAAAUUCCGAUGAAGCAGUGCAAGAGAAAUUCCUUAAAAUAACUGAGGCAUAUGAAACAUUGAAAGACCCUGAGAAAAGACGGAAAUAUGAUAUUUACGGUUCACAUGGAGCUUACACAAGGAAAUAUGAUUAUCAGUCUCAAUCCGAGUACAAUAAUCUCUUCUAUAAUGGAUUGUACCAUAAUGACCCUUACGUGGUUACCCUUAGUAGUUCUACUUUUUAUGUACAUUUAACAGAUGGCUUUCAUUUUAUAAAUUUCUACUCACCAUUUUGUCCACCAUGUCAAAAUCUAGCCGAUCAUUGGAAAAGAUUUGCUGAGGUAUAUCAUGGAAUUGUUAAAGUUGGUGCUGUAAACUGCAAAUACCACAACUCAUUUUGCUAUCACAAUAUGAGAAUAGGCAGCUAUCCAACUUUAUUAUUUUAUCCUAAUGGUAAAAUAGGGAAUUCCAUAUAUUACCGAGGGGAUGACACAUUUGAUGCGCUCGAAGAAUUUGUUAUGAAUUAUAUAAAAAGUAAAAUACAUGUGCCAGUUGUGAGUCAACUACGGAGUACUGAAAAACCUAUCGCAUAUGUUCUUGAACCUAAUAACAUUGAUGAUAAUGCAUUGACAAGAAUCGCCUUUCAUUUGAAAGGAUUGACUACAGUUGUAGUGAUAGAUGAUGAAGAACUACGCGAUGAUUUGACAGAAGACCCGGAUACAGUUGUUGUAUUUCAAUAUAAAAAAAAUUACAUUGAAAUAUCAAGCAAUGAUGAAAAGACUAUCAUCAAAAAAAUUGUUGAAUCUUUACCCAAAAUCGAGGAGAUUGAUCCUAAGAAAUUAAAGGACAUUAGAAACAAACUUCGUAGCGGUGGGAAUAAACCUUGGGUGCUGUACUUCCCAAGUGAAGAUGAUGACAAUUUACUGCUGCAUCAAAUGAAAAUGAAAUAUCCUAAUAUGAAUUUUGGCACAAUUGAUUGCAAAUCCCAACAAGAAUUAUGCGUGUCUCUGCAAGUAGAGUCAACGCCAUGUUGGGCGGUACUGAAAUGGGGCGGGGUUUACCAGCGCUCGUACACGCCCCCUGAUACAUUCAUACAAACUGCAGCGGAUAUUUACAAUCUCCAUACAAUAUCCGCCUCUGAACUACAGAAGAUAUUGGACGGUGAUGUUGGUACCUGGGUACUACUUGUGGUACCAUACAAAUUGUCUUGGGACCACAUCGCUGAACCCUUCACUGAAGUCAGCAAACAUUACCUUGACUUGGAAGUAAUAAAUUUUGGUAUUAUGAUUUGCACGUUGCAAACAGAACAGUAUUGCCGCAAGCUGGCACACAACCAGCCCGCCAUCUUGGUGCAGGAGGGACGCAAUCAACAUGUCUAUAAUGGACGUAUUGAUACAGAAAAUAUCAUUGAUUUCAUACAAUUGAUUAAGGAUAGUGGCAGUGUGUCACUGAGCGAGCAGGAAGCACUGGGCAUCAUGACCUUGUCAGGUCGGAAGCAUUGCUGGCUGGUGGCGUUUUUGCCCGCCUCAUGUGACAGGUUCUGCCAGGACAUCGCGCACCAGUGGCGCAUCAUCGCUAGGAGGCUGCGGCCACUGGAUUGGGUGCGUGUAGGGGUGCUGCAGUGUACGGAGAGCCGCGGACUUUGCGCCAACGUCCGCCAACCCACCGCCAGACUCUACCUCCUCAACAACAAACAACAUUACACGCUGAACCUGCAGCAGAAGUCGGAGGCGCCGUACAUCUUGGAGUGGACGCUGGAUCACAUAGAUGACUCCGUGGAGAAGUUGAGAUGGCAUACAUUUGCCAAACAGGUCGCAGCUGAAGACAUACAUCCUCAUAUGUACAAGAGGCCAUGGCUCGUGUACUUCCACUCUCCGCGGUGUUAUCACUGCUUCGAGAAGUAUCCGGACUUCGCCCUCGCCGCUAUUUUUAUGGGUAAAGUGGUGAACUUCGGUAAAGUGAAUUGUCUGAAUGAGCGCAACUUGUGCCAACAAGAACACAUCACCAGCUAUCCAACCCUCAAGAUGUACUUGAGGAACCAACACCAGGGUUACCGGGUGUCCACACUCAGGAUCGGGGAUUAUAAAGCUAUAAUGGAUGAGGUCAGACCUUAUCUACCAAAUAUAAACCGAGAUGCUAAUUUAUUAGGUGGACUUCAUAGUUUCACACCAGGAAUGUUUCAUUUCAAACACGAUGAGUUAUAAUUUUACAGCUAAUA